GUUCUGAUCACUGUGCUGCUGGCUCAUGGGCUUCGGACCAGAGCAGACAAUCCGUUGUGUCAGCAGUGGGGAAGGCCUGAGUCCCCGCAGCUUUUAAAGGAUGGUGACAUUAUGCUUGGAGGAAUCUUUUCCUUCCACAACAACUGGGAAAAAGAACUUUCCUACGCACAUCCACCACCACCUCUAAAGUGCACCAAUCUAAAUUUAAGAUCAUUCCACUAUGCUCAGACUAUGAUCUUUGCUGUUGAGGAGAUCAACAACAGUACAACUCUGCUCCCAAACAUCACCCUGGGCUACAAAGUGUACGACUCUUGUGGUUCUGUAUCCAUGGCUGUGAAGGCUGCCCUGGCACUAGCCAACCAGCAGCAUGACCUUACUGCCAACGCAACCUGUACCAAACCAGCUAUGGUGCAGGCAAUCAUAGGAGAGACCUCCUCAUCGCUUUGUAUUGCCAUUUCUUCAUCUAUCGGACCAUUCUACAUACCUGUGGUAAGUCACUUUGCCACCUGUGCAUGCCUCAGUGACAAAAGCAAAUACCCAUCAUUUCUUAGAACCAUUCCCAGUGACUACUACCAGAGCAGAGCACUGGCCCAAUUGGUGAAACACUUUGGCUGGACAUGGGUAGGAGCCAUAAGAACUGAUGAUGACUAUGGAAACAACGGAAUGGCAACUUUUUCAGAGAUCGCUCAAAAGCUGGGAAUAUGCAUUGAGUAUUCAGUCCCCUUUUACAGAACCUACCCACAAGAAAAUAUAUUAAGAAUCAUCGAAAUUAUAAAAAGGUCAAGUUCCCGGGUUAUUGUGGCUUUUGUAUCCUACAUGGACAUGGAUGUGCUGCUGCAGGAAUUAUUAAAGCACAACCUCACAGGAUACCAAUGGAUUGGCAGUGAGAGCUGGAUUUCUGACACUUACACUGCUACAGUGAGGGGCCACCACUUGCUCAAUGGAGCUAUUGGAUUUUCCAUCGUAAAAGCAAAGGUAGGAGGCCUACAAACAUGUAUUUUGGAUGUUCUGCGACUGAACUCAUCUGGUAAUACCAUUUUCAAAGAGUUCUGGGAAGCCUUGUUUGAAUGCAAAUUUCAAAGCCAAGAAGAUGCAGUCAAUCGAAGAGUGUGCACAGGCCAAGAGAAUCUGAGUGGGGUAGAAAACACAUACACUGACAUGUCUCAGAUGCAGAUUUUAAACAAUGUCUACAAGGGAGUGUAUGCGGUUGCUCACGCACUCCAUGAGAUAUUCACCUGCAGACAUGGCAACAAUGAAGCUAAUGAUACCUGUAUCAGCAAGAAGCAGCCAGAACCAUGGAAGUUUCUGCAGUACUUAAAAAAAGUACGUUUCAAAACAAAAGAAGGCGAGGAAGUUUACUUUGAUGAGAAAGGCGAUCCAAUGGCAAAGUAUGAUCUGGUAAACUGGCAGCAGCAAGAUGACGGGCAGAUUCAUAUCAUCACAGUGGGACGCUAUGAUGCAUCCUUCCCCACAGAGAAACAGUUAAUACUGAACAACGUGUCCCUUGUAUGGGCACAAAAUGCCAAACAGGUGCCCAAGUCAGUGUGCAGUGAGAGCUGUCCCCCAGGAACUCGGAAGGCUGUGCAGAAAGGAAAGCCUGUCUGCUGCUAUGACUGUGUGCCCUGCGCUGAGGGGGAGAUCAGCAAUGCUACAGAUUCGAUCACGUGUACACAGUGUCAUCCGGAAUACUGGUCAAGCCAGAACAAGGACAAAUGCAUUCUCAAGAAAACUGAAUAUCUGUCCUAUGCAGAAAUUAUGGGAAUAUUGCUCACAGCAGUCUCCCUAAUUGGAACAGGUAUAACAAGUGGAGUGGCAAUAAUUUUCUUCAGAUACAAAAACACUCCCAUUGUGAGGGCCAACAACUCAGAGCUGAGCUUCCUGCUGCUUUUCUCGCUCACCCUGUGUUUCCUUUGCUCUCUCACUUUCAUCGGCCGGCCCUCUCAGUGGUCCUGCAUGCUGCGUCACACAGCGUUCGGGGUCACCUUUGUCCUCUGCAUCUCUUGUGUUCUGGGCAAAACGAUAGUGGUGUUGAUGGCCUUCAGGGCUACACUGCCAGGCAGCAAUGUCAUGAAAUGGUUUGGACCUCCACAGCAGAGACUCAGUGUUCUUGCAUUCACUCUCAUUCAGGUCCUCAUUUGUGUGCUCUGGUUAACACUAUCCCCUCCUUUCCCCAACAAGAACAUGAAGUACUACAAAGACAAGGUCAUUCUCGAGUGUGACGUGGGCUCAGCCGUGGGCUUCUGGGCUGUGUUGGGCUACAUUGGUCUCCUCUCUCUCAUGUGCUUUGUACUGGCUUUCCUGGCCAGGAAGCUGCCCGACAACUUCAACGAAGCCAAAUUCAUCACAUUCAGCAUGCUCAUAUUCUGUGCGGUGUGGAUCACCUUUAUCCCAGCCUAUGUCAGCUCACCGGGCAAGUUCACCGUAGCUGUUGAGAUCUUUGCCAUUUUAGCCUCCAGUUUUGGUUUGCUGUUUUGUAUCUUUAUUCCAAAAUGUUACAUUAUUUUAUUUAAACCAGAGAAGAACACAAAGAAAUUCUUGAUGGGAAAAAUGCCUACAAAAUCUAUGUAA